AAUCACCACCUAACUCCUCCGUAUCUCCGCCGGAUGAUGUCUUUCUUUCCACCAACACCACCGUAUCUCCCUCUUCUUCCCUUGGUAUCUUUCCUCUUCUUGCUGACAAUUCUGAUCGUGUAUAGCCUCAUCCGCCGUCGCUGCAGCCUGCCGGAAAAUGAGAAGCGAAGGCUGCCGCCUGGUUCAAUGGGUUGGCCAUAUAUCGGUGAAACCAUUAACCUCUACACACAAAAUCCCAACACUUUCUUCUCCGAACGUCAAAAUAGGCAUGGAAAGAUGUUCAAGAGUCAUAUAUUGGGAUGUCCAUGUGUGAUGAUAUCCAGCCCAGAAGUAGCAAAGAUCAUCUUGGUCACUAAAUCCGAUCUCUUCAAACCCACAUACCCUACAAGCAAAGAGAUGAUGAUCGGUCCAGAAGCACUAUUCUUUCACCAAGGUCAAUACCAUUCCCACCUCAAGAAGCUCAUCCAAUCUUCCUUUCUUCCUUCCGCCAUUAAACCUCUCAUCUCCAACAUCGAAGCCAUUGUUCUUGAUCUUCUUCCCAUCUGGGAGAAAACCAAAACCAUCAACACCUUGCAUGAGAUGAAGAAGUAUUCGUAUGCAGUGGCGAUGAUAUCGGUGUUUGGGAAGAAGAUGGAGGUUGGGGAGGUGGAGGGAUUAAAGGAAUUGUAUGGAUGUAUAGAGAAAGGAUACAAUUCGAUGCCUUUGAAUGUUGUUGGAACUCCAUUCAACAAAGCGAUGAAGGCGAGGAAGCUUCUGAAUGAAAGAUUGAGGAAGAUGAUACAGAAAAGAAGGGAGAAUGGCGAUCACGGUGGAGGAUUGCUUGGAGUUCUACUGGGAUUAAAGGGAAACGAGCAAUUGAAUGAUUCACAGAUAGCAGAUAAUAUAAUUGGAGUCAUAUUCGCAGCUCAUGAUACAACUGCAAGUGUUCUAACAUGGCUGCUCAAGUACUUGCAUGAUCAUCCUCAUCUCUUAGAUGCUGUUAAGAUGGAACAAGAAGAUAUCAAGUGUAGGAGACUCGAAACCAACCGCGGAAUUACGUGGGACGAUACUCGACACAUGCCGUUAAGUCACCGAGUCUUACAAGAGACACUGAGGGCUGCAAGCAUACUCUCAUUUACAUUUCGAGAAGCCGUUGAAGACGUGGAAAUUGAAGGGUAUCUGAUCCCGCGCGGUUGGAAGGUUCUUCCUCUCUUUAGAACCAUCCAUUACUGCUCGGACUUCUUCCCGGACCCCGACAAGUUUGACCCUUCAAGAUUCGAGGUCGCACCUCGUGCAAACACGUACAUGCCAUUCGGGAACGGAGCUCACUCGUGCCCGGGCAGCGAGCUUGCGAAGGUGGAGAUGCUCAUCCUCCUCCACCACCUCACCACCUCCUUCAGGUGGGAUGUGGUCGGAGAAGACGAUGGGAUACAGUACGGCCCCUUCCCGGUGCCCAAACAAGGGUUGCCUAUCAAACUCCAUCGCAUCGAUGAAACCUAGCUUCGUUGAGGGCCAAGUAGAUAGUUAUCGAGGGGAAAUUGAAAUAUAGAAGAGGCGGAAAUAGAUUUUGGCGUCGUUUUUGUUUCUUAUGGGGAUGUGUCAGCUGUUCGAUCUUUUUGGAGGUCCUGUUACAUCUAUAUCAAAACUAUAAAACGGCUAGGCAAGUGAUAAA